ACAUGGCCUUAAAAUAAGAGUUAUAAUAUAGGUUGUAAUAACCCAAACCCGCCAUACUGAACGGACUGAGGACGUGAGAGCUGCGAUCAUGUUAUUCCGGUUCGGCGUCAUACUAACUCCGGAGUCUGCGGACGUGGAGGUCUUUGUUUUGGGUUCGCGUGCAGAAAUGGGCCGCUGGGACCCGAGCGGAGCGGUCCAGAUGAAAGCCUCACAGAAGCUGCUGUCACCGCAUGAACCGUGUCUGUGGAGCGGCGACGUGCAGCUGGCAGAGCCGGUCAAAGACACGCUGUGGUUCAAGUUCGUCAAAAGAGUCAGAGGCGCUUAUAUCUGGGAAGGAAGUGGUCCGAGCCAUGACAGAUGCUGUUCAUAUAAUGACAGGAACAUCGUGGAUGGGGUGUACUGCCACCCGAUUGGUCACUGGAUCGAGGAAACAGGGCACACAGAUGAGAUGACGCACACCACCAACUUUUACUUCAGUGUGGCUGAUCAGAAGGCCAUACAUUUCUCCAGGGUGCUGCCACGUGUUUGGCUGGGCAGUUGCCCUCGACAGGUGGAACAUGUGACUAUAAAGAUGAAGCAUGAAUUGGGAAUUACUGCAGUGAUGAACUUCCAGACAGAGUGGGAUGUGGUAAACAACUCCAAUGGCUGCAGGCGCAACGCUGGGGAAGCCAUGACCCCAGAGACCAUGAUGCACUUGUACAAUGACUGUGGCCUGGUGUAUGUGUGGAUGCCCACACCUGACAUGAGCACUGAGGGCCGGAUCAGGAUGCUUCCCCAGGCUGUAUUCUUGCUUCACGGUCUCUUGGAGAACGGCCACACUGUCUAUGUUCACUGUAACGCUGGAGUGGGCAGGUCGACGGCAGCGGUGUGUGGCCUGCUCAUGUACGUCCUCGGCUGGAGCCUGAGGAAGGUGCAGUACUUUGUUACAGCCAGGAGGCCGGCGGUGUACAUAGACGAGGAGGCUUUAGUCCAGGCUCAGGCAGACUUCAUCCAGAAGUUUGGACAUCUGCAAUCGUCCAUCUCUUACCCAGAGAGUUGAGUGUCCUUAUUAUGAGUUCUUCAAAUUUGAAGCAGAAUUUAAAGUUGUGGAAAGCUCAACUGGACUGGAGUUUUGGUAACAAAAAUGAUUCCUGAUGUUGUGUGAAAAAACACUCUAUAGUCAGCAUAAAAAGGUGUCGGAAGGCGAAAUGAUCUACAAUAUAUAGCAGCAAAAAAAUUAACUUCUUUCCAUCUAAUGUCCAGAAAUGACCCACUAUGCUGAAUGGCUUUCAAAAUCUGGUUAACCUCCAAGUAUAUGGAGAGAUGUUGCAAGCAAUUAAUCCUACUGUGAUGUGUUGCAACUUCAGGAAUUAAUCAUUUAGCAUGUACAGAUGCAAAACGUGCACCUGAAGUCAGCUAAGGAGACUAUUUGUAGUUUCUAGUAAACAUCCGCAGGUGUGUUUGGAAAGACCUUUUCUUUCAGCCUUUUUUGUAAUAAUCAGUGAAUAGAGUUGACAUUUCGAGAAGGCAACUUUUUGUUGAUGUGCUGAACCGCAAUGAAUGAGAGGAACACACAGCAAAGCAAAUGCAUAUCACCAUACUAAAAAGUGGGUUUAUCAAGGCCAGAGAGAUAGUCUAUUAUAUUAUGCAGGGUGAGAUUUCUCAUUUCAAGGUGAGGGGAAAGCAGGUCAUGAACAAUGUUUCCGCUCCUCCAACAUAC